CCCUAUUAAAUCCGCGGCCUCGCCACUCCACUGCAGCAGCAGUCCAGCGCCCGAACCGCCGCACACACACAGCGCCAACCAACUAAACCGCCACCCAUCAACACCGGGGAAGCAAUGGCGUCGCCGGCGAAGGCAAUGGUGGCAGCCGCGGCAAUGCUGCUGCUCCUGUCGACGGCGACCGUGGCCCAGCACAACUACGGCGACGCGCUCCACAAGAGCAUCCUCUUCUUCGAGGGCCAGCGGUCCGGCCGCCUCCCGCCCGACCAGCGCGUCCGCUGGCGCCGCGACUCGGCGCUCAACGACGGCGCGACCGCCGGGGUGAGACCAAUGACCUCACCAUCUCCUCUUCCUCUGCCCUGCUAUGCAUUGGUCGUUGGUUUGAGUAAGACGUGGUGUUGUGCGCAGGUGGACCUGACGGGCGGGUACUACGACGCGGGCGACAACGUCAAGUUCGGGUUCCCGAUGGCGUUCACGGCGACGCUCAUGUCGUGGGGGCUCAUCGACUUCGGCAAGAACUUCGGGUCGCACGGCGGGGAGGCCCGGGCGGCGGUGCGGUGGGCGACGGACUACCUGAUGAAGGCGACGGCGACGCCCAACACGGUGUACGUGCAGGUGGGGGACGCCUUCCGCGACCACUCGUGCUGGGAGCGGCCCGAGGACAUGGACACCCCGCGCACCGUCUACAAGGUGGACCCCCAGCACCCGGGGUCCGACGUCGCCGCUGAGACCGCCGCCGCCCUCGCCGCCGGCUCCAUCGUCUUCCGCGAGGCCGACCCCGCCUACUCCAAGCGCCUCCUCGACCGCGCCAUCUCCGUGUUUGAGUUCGCGGACAAGUACCGUGGGGCGUACAGCAGCAGCCUGUACUCGGCGGUGUGCCCCUGCUACUGCGACUACGACGGGUACCAGGACGAGCUGCUGUGGGGGGCGGCGUGGCUGCACAAGGCCUCCCGCCAGCGGGUGUACCGCGACUACAUCAAGAAGAACGAGGUGGCGCUCGGCGCCAGCGACUCCAUCAACGAGUUCGGCUGGGACAACAAGCACGCCGGCAUCAACAUCCUCAUCUCCAAGGAGGUGCUGAUGGGCAAGGACUCGUUCUUCAAGUCGUUCCAGGUGAACGCCGACAACUUCAUCUGCACCCUCCUCCCGGGCAUCUCCAACCAUCCCCAGAUCGAGUACUCACCAGGUGGCCUGCUGUUCAAGGUGGGCAACAGCAACAUGCAGCACGUGACGUCGCUGUCGUUCCUCCUGCUCGCCUACGCCAACUACGCCAGCCACGCCAACGUGCGGGUGCCGUGCGGCGGCUCCUCCGCCUCGCCGGUCGUGCUCCGCCGCGUCGCCAAGCGCCAGGUGGACUACAUCCUGGGCGACAACCCGCUGCGCAUGUCGUACAUGGUGGGGUACGGGGAGCGGUUCCCGCGGCGCAUCCACCACCGCGGGAGCUCGCUGCCGUCGGUGUCGGCGCACCCAGCCCGGAUCGGCUGCAAGGCCGGGACGGCCUACUACGGCAGCAGCGCGCCCAACCCGAACCUGCUCGUGGGCGCCGUGGUGGGCGGGCCCAGCAACACCAGCGACAACUUCCCCGACGCGCGGGCCGUCUUCCAGCAGUCCGAGCCCACCACCUACAUCAACGCCCCGCUGCUGGGCCUCCUCGCCUACUUCUCCGCCCACCCAAACCUGCCCCAGUCCGAUGGCACCGACUGAAGAAAUGUGGUUGAAGUGGCCUCUUUAGCUGUGGUGGGCCGAAGAAGGAGGCCUGGUUGGUGGUCCUUGUUUUGUAUGGGCUGCAGUGGGCUGAUUCGUCCUGUUGCUUUGCUGCCCCUGUAUUGUUAUUUCUAUAUUUCUACGUGUAACGGAUGCCGCUCCUUUCCUGUAAAAAAUGGCAGGAAAAGGAUCGGUCGUGCCAAGACAAGUAAUCUAUAUCUAUCUACUACUAUAUGAUCA